AUGGAAGAGCUGGCUAUAGAGAGUAUCAGCUUUUUGACAAAGCCCUCGCUGGACACAAAUGGAGCAAAAUUAGGCUCUUUGGGGGCAGUUUUCAUCAUGCUCAAAAGCGCACUGGGCGCAGGUCUGCUCAUCUUCCCCUGGGCGUUUGAGAAAUCUGGAGGAAUUCAUUCUGCUGUCACUGUGGAAAUGAUUUCUCUUGUGUUUCUGAUCAGUGGACUGGUCAUCCUGGGCUAUUCGUCUUCAAUCAGUGGACAAAACACAUAUCAGGCAGUUGUCAGAGAUGUGUGCGGUCCUGCCAUGGGCAAGCUCUGUGAGAUCGCAUAUGUCUUAAAUCUCUUCAUCAUAUCUGUUGCUUUCCUCGUCAUAGUAGCUGACCAGCUUCAGAAAUUGUGUCUCUCCAUGUAUGAGUUAAUCACAGGCUCACCAGAAUCAGAGAUGCCGUACUACUGGUACACAGACCAGAGAUUUGCUCUGUUUCUUCUGUGUCUCUUCUUCAUUUUCCCUCUCUCUGUCCCUAAGGAGAUCAGCAUACAGAAGUAUACUAGUGUUCUUGGAACUCUUGCUGCUACUUACCUCACUGUAGCCAUCACUGUCAAAUACCACAUGAGGCCAGUCCAUGAGAUCAGUCUUUCCCCUCUGUACAGCAAUGGAGUAAGCUCAUGGACUUCAAUGUUCAACGUUGUUCCAACUAUCUGCUUUGGCUUUCAGUGCCAUGAGGCCUGCAUUGCUGUCUAUAGUAGUAUGGAGAACAGGAAGCUGUCCCACUGGGUCUUCAUCUCUGUGGUGUCCAUGUUCAUCUGCCUCAUCAUCUACUCUGUCACUGGAGUCUAUGGGUACCUGACAUUUGGGAAGAACGUUGCUCCUGAUAUUCUGAUGUCAUACAGUGGGGGUGAUUUAACCAUGAUUGUUGCCAGGCUGCUCUUUGGGAUCUCAAUCAUUACUAUCUUUCCCAUCAUUGUCCUACUUGGAAGAUCUGUGAUUCAGGAUCCAUUGCUGAGGUGCAGACGGAAACACACUGCCGUGACUGAUUCCUACGAGUGCCGUACCCGUGUUGCCCUGACCACAGCCUGGGUCUCAGUCACCCUUCUCAUUGCAGUCUUUGUUCCAGACAUCAGCAAAGUGAUCAGUGUUGUCGGGGGAGUCAGUGCUUUCUUCAUCUUUAUAUUUCCAGGACUUUGCCUGAUAUUUUCUGUGCAGUCAGAGUCAGUUUCUCCUAUACUGAGAUAUCUUCUGAUUGCAUGGGGUAUGAUCACACUUUUCUGUGGUACCUUUAUCUUUGGGCAGAGCACUUCAAUUGCAAUCAUGCAACUCUUAAGUGAGAUCUAAAUAUCUUUUGCAAUUUGCCCUUAAAGGUAUUUUGUCAGCUUUUGUCAGAAAAGUUUAAUGUCAGCUACCAUUUAACACAAGGACUUUUAACUGUAUGGUUUUGGGCAUAAUUGUAAACAUUGCUCCAAUAUUUCAAAAUGCAGAGUUUAACAUUCAUGUAGGAGUAAUUCCUUAAACAGAAUUAUAUUUACUAGGGAUGCACUGAUAUGUACUUUUUUGCCCGACGCCAAUUUUUAAAGUUUAGUAAUCGCGCAAAGCCAUAAUGCGAUUUCAAUCUUAAUUCAGUUAAUCAUGCAGCAUUAAUGGAUAUCAUACAAUAUCUCAGAAGUCAGUCAAUGUCUGCUGGUUUGAAAGCAUUUUGGGUGGUUUCCUGCAUCAUGUAGCCUAUAAACCAUUCAACCCUUCUACAUAUUGUGGCUAUUUUUUCUGGAUAGUGCGUUUGAAUUCACAGAGUUUUUACAAAGUGUGUUACUAAUUAAUUAUAAAUCAACCAUCGUUUUUUUCAUUCUUCGCCGUUUUCAUGCUUAUUACAGAUAUGCAGAUGA